AUGCCAGCCGGCCCUCAGAUGCCUGGGCCGUCCAUGGUGGGACCGUCAGGACAGCAGCGGCGGAUGACAUCUGGACCGGUACCGAACGGCCCCAACGGUCAUCCCGGUCCAUCUACAGAUAUGUCAGGACCCCCGCAGCCCUCACAAGCGCUGGUCCCCCAGUCUCGGCAGUCCACUGCGGCUUCUUCGACCCAGUACCCCUGGUCGUACCGCCCCAUCCGCCUCGCUCCCUCCGCGGCAUCUCCCCCUACCGCUCCGACGAACCCCUUCCCCCGCUAUGGCCUCGCCGUCCCCGCCUUCCCCUCCCACUCGGGCCACAUGCUCAUCUUUGGUGGUCUCGUCCACGAUCACGUCCGAAAUGACUUGUGGUCCAUGGAGGUCAAGGACUGCAGUACGAUGAAUGUACGGACAAGCGGUCAACUCCCUGCGCCAAGAGUGGGGCAUGCGAGCGCGAUGGCGGAUAGGAUCAUGUUGAUGUGGGGAGGAGAUACAAAGGUGAAGCCAGAGGAUAAGCAGGACGAGGGGCUUUAUGUGCUAGACUUGAGAUCGCAAGAGUGGACGCGCAUGCCGGUGACCCCGGGUCCGGCGGGACGGUACGGGCAUGCCGCUUGUUUGCUGGGCAGCAAGUUUUACAUCUUUGGCGGACAAGCGGAGGGGGCCUUUAUGAACGAUCUUUGGAGCUACGAUAUUCGUCAAGCAUUCUCGGGAGACGGGAAUCAACACGUCUGGGAACGGGCCAAUUACAAGACACCACCGCCCUCCCCGAGAACGGGUCACAUCCUGCUCAGCUGGCAAAAUAUGCUGUAUGUGUUUGGCGGGACGGACGGCAACUUCCACUAUAACGACACCUGGCGCUUCGAUCCAGAGACGGGCGAGUGGACGGAGCUCUCCUGUAUUGGCUACAUCCCGGUCCCCAGAGAAGGCCAUGCCGCAGCUAUCGUGGACGAUGUCAUCUACGUGUUCGGCGGGCGUGAUGUCAAUGGAAAAGAUCUGGGAGACUUGGCGGCGUUCAGGAUAUCUAAUUCUCGAUGGUACAUGUUUCAAAAUAUGGGCCCGGCGCCAUCCGCUCGAUCUGGACAUGCCAUGGUCGCCGCUCACGGUACCAUCUUUGUCCUCGGCGGAGAAGCAAACGCGUCAAACGGAGUAUCCAAGGACGAUCCAUCUCUGAUACACAUGCUGGACACUGUCAAGAUAAAGUAUCCAGCAGACAAGGAACCCCUCCGACAAGUACACGCCUCAAAUGAGCGCGUUGUAUACGACAGCGGCUCGCCGAAGCGUCAAGCCGAGGCGGCUAGCAGGGGCAUACCAGCGUCGACCUCGAUGGACAACCUGGCCUUGGCGCAGCGAGCUACCUCGCCCCUCGGUCAAUCGGCCAUGCCUCCCUCCUCGCAGCCUCUCGCUGCCCCCAUCGAGACGAGAAGCAUGUCGAGAUCUGAAUCGCAGCCCAUGGACCCUCACUUGCCUCAGCCACCUAUGCCUGCAUCUGCAGCUCCAGCCACGCGAUCUACCGCCAAUGGGCCGCCCCAACGUCCAAAACGGGAUGGCGAUGAAGACUUCCGCCGAGCCCUGUCACCGGUGUCCAACGGUCCAAGCAGUCCGGUGCAACCCAUACAUCCCCGGGUCAUGUCUCCACCAAAUGGCCCCGCUUCGCCACCGCAGACUACCCGUAAUGGCUUCAAUCCAUCCCUUCUAGGGACUCGCUCGCCUUCGCCUCGGAUGCGGCAGGCCGAUAGCGGCGAUCACCGACCUGCUCCUCCUGCUGAUGCUUUCUACUAUGGCCGCUCCCCCACCGCCAACAACUUUAACGGAAACGGCGGCCCUAAUGGCGCUGUCCGCCCGCCCUCCGCGUCGGGCUCGUCUGAUCUCAUGCGGGAGUUGAAGGCAAAUCAGGCGGAGAUCGAGGCAAGCAGGAAGCGCGAGGCGGCGAUGAAGGUUAUGCUCAAUCGCGCGGUACAUCAGGGCUUUGUGGUGGAUGAUGGAGAUGUGGACCUGGGUGGCGGAAAGAAUAGCCCGGCGAUAGAUGAGGAGAUGGUGAAGAAGUUGAUGGGUGCGGUGGUGCGGAUGAAGCAGGAAAAGGCGGUUAUCCAGAACGAGCUCGUCGCGCAGAUCAGAAUAGCGUCCGACAAAGCCACGGAUGCGGAUCGACUGCGGCGAGGUGCUCUGCAAGAAGCCGCUUUCUACCGAGCCAAAAUUGCCACUCUCGAGUCUUCGUCCAUGUCGGACCUCUCCAGAGUCGAAAAAGAGCGGAUCGCGGAUUUGGAAAAGCAGCUCGCCAAGCUAUCGACCGAGUGCUCCUCCGCCCAAAGAGAGCUAGCUCGGGUCAGAGAAGCCAAUGCUUCAGACGAGCAACUCCGGUCUGCUGCUCUCGAGCGGGAGUCGGAUUCGGCUCGCCGGGCGGAAGAGGCGGAAGAGGCUCAUCGGAACCUCCUGGAAGAGCUGGAGAGUCUGCGGCAGCAGCACGGAUCGGCGGAAGCUUCUCUGCGCGACCACGCCGAGCGGAUGGUGACUGUUUCGUCGUCAGCCCAGCAGCGGGAAGCGGAGCGGGAUCACCUCCGGUCACAACUCGACGAGGCCACUGCUACCCGGGAGGAGCACCUCGGCCUCAUCGCGUCCGCCCAAGCGGCUAUCGCUGCCGCUGGGACUCGGACAUCCGAGAUGGAGAAUCUCUAUCACAAGGCGACCGCCCGGAUCUCGGACCUCGAAGCGGAGCUCACUGACGCACGGUCCGAGCUCGAGAGCAGGACGCGGGACGCUGAGCUCUCGGCUGAGCGUCUAGGAGAGGUGGAGCAGGCGUACAACCGGAGCAGGGAGGAGGCCGACUCGCUUCGACAACUAUCAACCGGUCACCUCGGUCAGCUGCUCGACUCACACAAAGAGAGAAAGUUGGACGAUACGCGGGGUAUCCGUGGCCAUCAGGAGCAGAUGCGAGCCCUGGAAGAAGAGAGCAAGUCGCUUCGCAAGAUGCUGCGCGAGGCGGGUCAGCGGCUAGAAGAUGCCGAAGCUGGCGUUUCCCAUCAUCGGUCCAAGGCACGUGACCUGGAAUCGGGACAUCAGUCUCUCAAAGCCGAGGUCCGGUCUGUUCGGGCAAAGCACAUGCAGAGCCAGCAGGAACUCGCCAAGUUCCGGGAGCUGCAUGGGGCCAAGGACGCGGAGCUCAGGGAGAGGGAUCUGGCUGUCACGGAGAUCGAGACGAGGUGUACAGUCUUGCGGAACCUGCUCGCCGACCACGGGAUCGCCGUUAGCGAUCACGAUCUCGACUCUGGCGAAACGUCCAGUACCCGCGAGCUCGAAACGCAGCUCCGCGAGCGGGACCGUGCACACGAGAAUGCCCAGCGCGAGAUCGAGACUCUCAAUCAGCGCUGCCUAGACGCCGAGGACAAGGCCGAGUCCCUGAGCCGACUGAUCGACCGUCUCAAGGAUGCGCGAUCCCCAACCGGGAUGUCCAUGCGCUCGCCCAGUCCUUCGGCGGAUCAAAGCCUCCGCGGUCUCGACCAGGACAGGAAGAUUGCCGAGAUCGAGAGCCAGCACAAGGAGAAGCUGGCGGCGCUAGAGUCGGAUUAUCAGACGGCGGUACGAUACGUCAAGGGGACGGAGAAGAUGCUGAAGCGGAUGAAGGACGAGUUGAGCAAACAAAAGCUCGCCAAUACCUCCCUUCAAUCUGAAAUUGACAAUCUCCGCGGUAGACCGUCCGAAGCUGGCGCGCGGACCCGUGAUGUAUCGGGACGGGCCACACCUUCGCUCGACGCCGACCUCCAGCGCAAGCUCGCUUCGCUGCAGUCGGCCCAUACCUCGGUCCAAGCCGAACUCUCGGCAUCUCGAGAUGUGCUCGCUGCGAGGGAACGCGAAGUCGACCUUAUGCGGAUGCGUGUCGAAGAGGCAGAGCGGGAGGUCGAGAUCCUGCGGGAGGAUUUGGCGCAGGCGCAGCAGCGGAUCAGCACCCUGCUGGAGAUGGGCGGGCCGAAUGGGUUCGAUAUGGGCUCAGAGGACGGUGGGGAUCAUGAUGGAAGAGGGAGCGACGAGAACAGUGACGAGGCGACGAUGCAGUAUGACAAGCAGUUGCAGAAUGAGCUCAAGCAGUGGGAGCGGACACGGUCACCGGGCCAUGGCGAGUCGGAUGACGAUACUGUACAGUAUGGCCAAGGUGGCGGAAAGGCGCCUAUAGCACUCGCGCCUGCGGUAGGGCAUCCGGGCAAGGAGACGAAGGGGCACCGGAGGAACAGCUCGGAAUAUAGUGGGGAUUGGGCUCAGUAG